CUUGUAGUUGCAUAUUUCAGAGCAGUGGAAUAAUUCUGACAAUAGAACCUGACUGGCCUCGAAACUCCCUGGCCAGUGUACUUCUGAACUGGGGAGCAGAAGGAUACACACUUUGACCUUUCAGGCUGAAGAUGAAAGUAAAACGAUGGAGCGAAGCAGAAGCAGAAGCAGUCAGAGGCACAAUCAGAAGGAAUGUGUAGGGUGGGGCGGCAGUGGCAUUUGAGCGCUGCAGACAGUCGUAUUCACUCCUCAGCGUGAGUCACAAGGACAUGUUCAGCUGCCGUGGCAUUCCUCUGUGUGGAUUACUGUGGGAAACUUUAUUUGCUAAAGACUUUCUUGAAAGCUUCAGACAAUGGCAUAUAGUUCUAGGGCCACUCUGGCAGAUAUAUGUUGGGUAAAGGGGCAAAGCGGAAACUAGAUGAGGAUGAAGAGGUGCUGGAAGGCAAAGCGUUGGCGGCAGGGGCCGGAGCGAUGGCCAACGGGCUCUCGAAGGUCUCCUACACCCUGCAGAGGCAGACCAUCUUUAACAUGUCUUUGAUGAAGCUGUACAACCACCGGCCCCUCACCGAGCCAAGCUUGGAAAAGCGCGUGCUCAUCAACAACAUGUUGAGGCGCAUCCAGGACGAACUGAAGCAGGAGGGCAACCUGCGACCGAUCUUCUUCCCCGCUUCCCCUCCUCCAGACGACCCUGUGGAUGAAGGUUUCCGCGAGGCGCAGCCUGCUUUCAGUGUGUUGUCCAUGGUAGCUCCACCGCUGUCCCAGUCGCUGGCACUCUCCUCUCCGGUCCUUACAUCACCUUCGCCAGUGCUGUCAAACCCAGCGCCUUUGGAGGCCUGCCUCACCCCAGCUUCGCUUUUAGAGGAGGACAGUGUCACGCUUUGCACAUCACCCUCUCUGCUGGCUCCUCCUCUUCCACCAACUCUUCCCAGACUCCCUUCAUCUGUGGCCAGAGACAGCUUCUCUUCUGCCCUGGAUGAGAUUGAGGAGCUCUGUCCUUCCCCCUUACCUACAACUACAUCAGCGCCAGGUGCUACCUCCCCCUCAUCCCUUACUGUGUCCCUCCAACUGCCAUUGUGUCCCCCCAGCUUAAACUCAGGGGCCUUGGACUCCAAAGACUGCAGUAAGCCCUGCAGCCCAAAGCUUGAAGGUCUGGUCCCGCUGCCUGAGGAACGCUCUGCAGUCCCUAAUGCGCCAGAGACUCUUCCUCCUACCAGCCUGGACAUGAGCACCUCACCCUCUGCCUCGUCCUCGGGCUUUCUGACAGACCUGGCCCUGGACGACAUCCUCUUUGCAGACAUUGACACCUCCAUGUACGACUUUGACCCCUGCACCUCGUCCUCGGGCACAGCCCCCUCAAAACUGGCGCCCAUGGUGACUGCAGACGAGCUCCUCAAGACUCUUUCGCCCUACAGCGGUGGCACUCCUGCUGUCAGCUCGAACCAGCCUUUCAAAAUGGACCUAACCGAACUGGACCAUAUUAUGGAGGUGCUUGUGGGAUCAUGACCAGGUUUGGAAGGGAACUGGGGAAGAAAUGCAAAACCAAUCAAAGAGUUUUUAAAUAUGAACUGAGAACGAAAACUAAAAUCACUUUGUGAUUGUUUGGGGGCUUUUUUGUACAGUUUUGUGUUUGUUUUGUUUUUAAAAACAAAGGAAAUUGUCCAUUUUAAUGGUAACGUUGCCCAGUACUACUUCUCAACACUGUGCAUGCACUGUGCUUGCCUUUCCCAAAAAUGAACAUGAAGAAAUCUUACAGAAAACACUUUGGCUUCUAGCAGAUCUGAGUGCCUUCAUCAUUUAUGACCACUUGCUAAAUUCCUGUUUGUUUGUCUUGUCUCAAUUUCCUCAUCAUCAUUUCCAAUCGAACAAGUUGGAUUAUUAGAGGAGUAGCGUCUCUCUUUCCCCAUCUCAGUAUAAAGGUGCAAGAAUGUGGAACGGCAGCAUAUUUUCAUAUUUUUCUUUCAAUUUCACAAAGCACAAUGAGAGCAACUUGGUUAUUUUAUUAACUUUUUUCUAUUCAAAGCUGUUUUAUUGCUUUUUAGUAAUAUUUAAAGUAGUCUGUUAAUAUGUGGUCAUUUAUUCUUUUUUUCCGUCUGCUUCCAUUUUAAUAUUCAUUAAAGGGAUAGUCCACAAUUUAAUCACUCUCAUGUCUUUCCAAACCUUCAUAAGUUUUUUUGUCAAUAUAAUGAAAGUCAAUGGGGUCCAAUGUUUUUUUGCACCCUGUUUACCUUUUUCUAAAUAGCUUUUCAUGUUUCACAGAAGAAAUAAAGUUACAGGUUUGGGACGACAUUUUUAGUAAAUUAUAAGAUUUUAAUUUCAGGUGAACUACCCCUUUAACAUUAAAUGAGUAAAACAUAUGCAUUUCUGAAAUAGACACAUUUAUGAAAUAUGCUUUACUGGAUUAUUUAUACAUGGAUGUGUGUAGUGGUCAGAUAUUCACAGUCAACCAACCAAAUUUCUUGUGUUCUGCCAUAACGGCUCAGAUUCCAUGUGUUUACAUCUCAGCUGGCAAUAACUGAACAUGUCUUCUGAUGCACAUUGUUUUACAGAUACAUUUCUUUGAUAAGCCAAUGCUAAAACCCCUUUAUGAUACAAAUAAUGUAUGCAAUCAAUGCUUUUCUGAUCAGUAAUAAGCAAACUGUCAACUUUUCUCAGCCAUUUCCUUUUUUAUCUGUCGUAACUUCUCUUUUUUGGCCUUUGUUUUGGCUUCAUAUCAUCACUCAAUGAGUGGCUGGUUCAGUUUUAAUGCUACACUAAUGCACAACAAGAAGGUCUAUGCAUGUCUGUUCAUGCAAAAUAGAAAAAACAAAAAACUGUACCAGGCAAGAAAGUUUAUGGUUGCUAUUCAGUUUUUUUUUUUUAUAUUUCCAUCAUCAUCAUCAUCUGUUUGCCAAACAUUUCUUUCAUAUACAUCUCUCACCAGUACAACGGUACAUUUCUGUUAACAUACUAAUGCAUGCAGGAUUAUAGCUCAUAAUUGUACAGAUGUCAGAUGAUUUUUGUAUGGUUUGGUCUUAUUUUAUCUUAUUUAUACCAUUGUUUGUUUGAGGUUUAUUAAUGGUAUCUGUUCAUGUUCCAACCAGACUCUCUCUCUGUUGUCCUGCUGGGUUUUAGUGUUGUUUGGCCAGUAGAAAUGAUCGCUUUACAUUAAGGUGGAGUUUAGUUAUGCACAGGUUUGAUGGAAGAGUAUUUUGCAUGUAUGUGCAAUAGACAACACAGUAUAAACACUUGGUAUAAACCACUGAUUGAUCAGAUUAGGUUUGGAAGGAUUAUUUUAUGUGCACCUGACAUCGAAGGAAAGGGACCAUUUAUCAUAUCAGCUGUAUUAGCUUCACAUGGCAUUUGUCGCACUAAACUAUCUUACAAUAAUAAUGUUAGAUAUACAUACCGACAAAAACUGUGCAUAAUAUGCCUUCCUGGUAAGAAUCAGAAUAAAACAUUCAGAGUGCAAUGUCAGAGAGGGAAGAAAACGUUUAUUUUUAAAUGAAAUAUAAUUUAUCAUAUAAGUGUGACCAUAAAUAAUCUGGGAUUUGAACUUCCUGUCACAGAGAGGUGAAAAUGUAGAUUGUUACCACCCAGAGUUCAAAAGAGAGAUCAUCUGAGAAUUGAAAACAUGAGUGAAUGAGAGCCGAGCGGACAAAUCUAUGGAAUCAAAACUAUGAUUAAUGUUACUUAUUAUAGGAUUUUCUUUGGAUUUGGAGUGUUUUUGUUUUGUUAUUUAUUUUUGUUUCCUGUGUAAAUAUAUUUAUUUUUGACGUUAAGCUAACAUUCAGAUUGUAAUUUGUACAGAAUAUGAGAUAGGAAUGUAUUACGCUUAUGGGAAUGUAUCACUGCUUAUUAAUUGGGGUGGAAGCCAUUUUUCGUCUUGUUUUAAUAAUGCAUUAUUUUGUGUCUGUUUAGUUUCUUGUAUUAUAAUUUGGGGUGGUGUUUGUGCUAGUUGUCUAGGUCAACACUCCCUGCCCCUAUUUAAUUAUAAGUAUUUAAUAUUUUAUAUAUUUCAGAUUGUGUGCAAGGGAAAGGUUUGUGAAGCAAUACUUUAUCCUCUACAAACUUCAGAAUUUCAAUCUUCCAAAGCCUAUUUCUGGGAAAAUCUUUUUGAUAACCCUCAAUGCCAAAUGUAAAAAAAAAGAAAAAAAAGAAAGGCAGCAUGAUUUCUGAUGACAUUGGUUGUUGUUUCUCACUGUCCCAUGGUUCAAACCACACAUUCGGGGCAGUUUAAUGUGGUUUCAGGAUAGUGACCACUGGGAUUAUAUGUGUGUUUGAGUGCGUGUGUGUGUGUGUGUGUGUGAGAAAGAGAGACAACAUGUGGUGGAGGGUCUAAACCCUUUUUCUGCUCAUUAAGAAAGGCUGUAUCUUCAGGGCUUGGAGCUGUGCCUUUUUCUAUGCAAUCCUACAAACAUAUUCAUUUUGAGAAAAAUAACCCAUCAACUGAUGAUCACUGUAUUUGCAUCAAGGUGUGGACUGUAGAAUACAUAUAUAUAUAUAUAUAAAAAUAUGGACGUGUGUCUAUGAAUUUGAAAACAGUCUUACUUUUCUAGUUUUAUAUUAUACAAUAAAUGGAUAAAAAUUA